AUGGGUCUUUUCAUCCUCUCGGAAACUUCGGCGGGUUACGUCCUUCUCAAGUCCAAGGACAAGAAGCUCUUGGGCUCAGACAGCAAAGAUGCCUCAAGCGUCGUUGAGCAGCUCAAGGUGAAGAAAUUUGCCAAGUUUGGCAGCGCCGUAGCUGCGCUCGAGCAGGCCGCCGCACUUCACGAUGGAAAGGUCACGCCCAUGCUGUCGUCUCUUUUGGACGAGUUGAAGGAUGAGACCAAAGCUACCUUGGCCGUCGCUGAUCCGAAGCUCUCAAAUUCCAUUGCCCAACUUCCAGGCCUCUCCCUCAAGACCGUGUCCGACUCCUCCACACAGGACGUAUUCCGUGCGAUCCGCGAGAACUUGACGUCGCUCCUCCCCGACCUCCUCCCCGCUGAAGAAGCCGCGACCAGACUCGGUCUCGCCCAUUCCCUGUCGCGACACAAGCUGCGCUUCUCCCCCGACAAGGUCGAUACCAUGAUCAUCCAGUCAAUUGCCAGUCUCGAUGUCUUAGAUAAGCAAUUGAACACUUAUGCUAUGCGUGUCAAGGAAUGGUAUGGAUGGCAUUUCCCAGAGCUUGCCAAGAUUCUCAACGACAACCUUGCAUACUCUCGUGUUGUUCUUAAGAUGGGCUUCCGAACAAAGGCUCGCGAAAGCGACCUUUCGGAAAUCCUCCCCGAAGAGAUCGAGGCAGCUGUUAAGGCGGCCGCAGAGAUCUCAAUGGGUACCGAAAUCACAGACGAAGAUCUCGAGGCCACUUCUGCUCUCGCUGAGCAGGUCGUAGACCUUACGGAGCACCGACAGAGCCUCGGCAGCUACCUGUCGAGCCGCAUGCAGGCCCUUGCACCCAACCUGACUGCUCUGGUUGGUGAGCUUGUUGGUGCGCGCCUUAUCGCCCACGCCGGAUCUCUCAUGAACCUUGCCAAGUCGCCUGGUUCUACCAUCCAAAUUCUUGGUGCUGAAAAGGCGCUUUUCCGUGCGCUCAAGACAAAGCAUGAUACACCCAAGUACGGUUUGAUAUACCAUGCCUCCUUGAUUGGACAAGCUACUGGAAAGAACAAGGGAAAGAUUGCUCGUAUGCUUGCUGCCAAGUCUGCUCUGGGUCUGCGUGUCGAUGCCCUCAGUACCUGGGGUGUAUCGUCCGAGGACACCUCCAAGGAGCCCUCCGAAGAAGAGAAGUCCCAGCUCGGUCGUGACGCACGCCUUACCAUCGAAAGGAGACUGCGCGCCCUCGAGGGCAAGCCGCUCAAGAGCUUGGCCAACGCCAACCAGACUGCGCUUGGUGGACAGAAGAAGUGGGAGGUCAAGGAAGCGCGAAAGUACAACCCAGACGCCGAUGGUCUUACUGGUGACGAGCCCGCCGCCGAUGCGCCCAAGGAGUCUAAGAAGGCUAAGGCUCCCAAGAAGCUGGUACAAGAAGUCGACAGUGACGGAGACGAGUCAAUGGCCGAUGCUGACGCCGGUGCUGACGAGUCCGACUCAGACUCAGAAGAGGAGAAGAAAACCGCAAAGGUCGACCCCAAGAAGGCUGCUAAGGAGGCUGAAAAGGCUGCUAAAAAGGCACGGAAAGCAGAGCGUGAAGCCAAGCGCGAGGCUAAGAAGGCAAAAAAGGCGGCAAAGGAGUCAAAGAAGUCUGACACCAAGGAAAGCAAGAAGCGGAAAGCUGACGGAGGUGACGAUGGAGAGAAGAAAAAGAAGAAGAAGAAGAGCAAGGACUAG